AUGGAUGGUGAUGAUCCUUCUGAUCCUAAUCCUGGUGAAGCCAUUUUUCCGGGAAAAAACCCUAGCCGCUAUCAAUCGCUCCUUCACUACAUCCUCUGUUGGACCACCAUCAGAUCCUUCGCUCAUUGGUCAUGUAUGGUUCUUGGAGGGUCCGAUUCAGUUAUGGUGGAUUUAGAGAUAUCCUGCACCCCAACAACGAUUAGACACCAUUGCAUCAGUCGACUCCUUAUUCUUACUUCUUAUUUGUUCACAUCCUCAGUUGGAAUCGAAAAUCAAAACGCCCAGAUCUAG